AUGACCAUUCCAGAACUGCUACCCACACAAUCAGCAAAAGAUUCUGCCAGCAAAACAACCACAGUCCCAUUGAAAGAUAAGAAAAGUGAUGGGAGAAUCCGGCUGGUGAACGGGGCUAACGCCUGCCAAGGCCGAGUGGAGAUAUUCUACAAAGGAAACUGGGGCACUGUGUGUGAUGAUGAAUGGGAGCUGCACGAUGCCAACGUGGUGUGCAAGCAGAUGGACUGUGGUCGUGCGGUGGCCUACAGGACCAACGCCUACUUCGGCUACGGCACUGGGCGCAUCCUCCUAGAUAAUGUGAAUUGCGAUGGAAAUGAGCCACAGCUCUCCGCCUGUUUCAGCCUCGGUUGGGGCAUCCAUAACUGUGGUCACCAUGAAGAUGCUGGGGUCGUCUGCUCUGGGUUAGGGACAACAACCACCAUUAUGCCAAUCACUACAUUAGCAUUAGAGGACUAUAAAGAUUCAUUCACCGAUACAGUCACAGUCACCGAGGAUAAAAUUCAGUCCACCUCUGAAACUGAGAUGGCGAUGACUUCAGCCCUUCUCCUGUUAGAAAAAAGUGGCGGCAUACGCCUGGCGAACGGGAACAGCAGCUGCCAAGGUCGCGUGGAAGUCCUUUAUGGGGACUUCUGGGGAACCGUUUGUGAUGAUGACUGGGAUUACCCCAACGCACAGGUUGUAUGCCGCCAACUGGGCUGCGGCGCAGCCAUUGGGGCUACCGUGCUGGGCUACUUCGGCUACGGCAGUGGGCCCAUCCUUCUGGACAACGUGGAUUGCAUUGGCACCGAGAGUGAGCUGACCGACUGCUUUAACCUGGGAUGGGGGCAACAUAAUUGUGGGCAUCACGAAGACGCUGGCGUCCUCUGCAGAGGUGCAGAAGACUCAGGAGCCUCCUUGCAAGAAGAUACUUUUGCUACCACAACUUCAACCACCACUCGUCCCAAAGAUGGUUUUCUGCGACUGGUCAAUGGCAGCCAUCGCUGUGAAGGCCGGGUGGAGAUCUUUUACCUGUCUCAGUGGGGGACGGUGUGUGACGAUGCCUGGGAUCUCAAGGACGUGAAAGUGGUAUGUCGGCAGCUUGGCUGUGGAGGUGCCUUAGCGGCCUUUGGAGAAGCCCAGUACGGCCAGGGCAAAGGAUACAUUUUUCUGGACAACCUCAAGUGCAAAGGAGAUGAAACGUCUCUCCUGCGUUGCUCUCAUAUCCGCUGGAAUGUGCACAACUGCGAUCACUCGGAAGACGCUGGUGCCCUCUGCCAUCUGCUGUGA